UGUAUUAAGAUUUUUCCAUUACAUAUGAAGAUAUAUUUAAUAAUCGAAGUUUUUAGUUUAAAAAAUCCAUGUCUCCAUGCUAGAAAAAUUGAAUUUCAAGAAAACGACUAUAUCCAUGUGGUUAACUAUUUGUUGUAAAUUUACUGGCUGCCAAGGAUAACUGAUAAUUUGUUCUUUUUAAAAAGCAAUAAAAUAUGUUUCAAUCAACAUUUACGUUUUCAAUUUUUCUUUUAUGUUAGGUAGUUUGUCAGUAACAGAACCGUCUUUAGUUAGAAUUUAUUUUAUUAGGUAUCAACAGAAACGUCUACCGGCAAUUAGUACAGGGCCUCGUUGAGUUGGAUUUCAUGUGUCAGGUGUGCACCGCCUCUCCUGUGGCCGAAAGUACUCGGACUUCUUUGAAAGGACGGUCAAACACAGCACAACUGACAGAAUUGACAACCUACAUGGAGAGGCAGUGGGUGAGGAACACGGUGUUUGAUGUGCCAUCCUGGUGUGUUUUCAGACACACCAUCCGGACAAACAAUGAUGUAGAAGGAUGGCACAACAGACUGAACAAAAAAGCUGUUCAUGCUGGCCUAGGGUUUUAUCAACUGGUGAUGUUGCUCGUAAAGGAGGCAAGAGUUGUGGAACUGAACGUGAGUGCAGAUGACCUGGAGAGAGACAGAAGUAGCCGAUUUUCCCGCGUUGAACUGGGACUUCAUGAGGCCUGGGAGUAAUAUAUGAAUAAAGAAAUGUCGAUGUCCACAUUCCUGAAGAGGUGUGCCGGUCUUUACGGGCCACCAGAUAGAGAACAGAACAGAAGAGAAGACAGUGCAUAAAUAUGUGAAGGAUUUAUUCAGAUACAUGAUGCACUGGAUUAAAAAAAGAAAAUAAGGUUUCAGUAAUACUAGUAACACAUUGUGGCGGUGAAACAAAUAUUUUAAUAUAUAACACAAAUGCUUAGGUGACACCAGAAAUGUAAAAUGUAUGUAUAUAUCAAAUAAACAGAUGUUUUUAAUUCUAUUAUUUAAAAUCUUGUUUUUAA